AUGAACACGUGCUUCUUUUGCGGCGCCGACGAGCUGAGCGAAGAUGGUGGCUACGAGAAGCUGUCGGCCAAGGUGCCCUCCUCGCAGAAGAGCGUCUCGCUGGUGCUGACCCACCUGGCCAAAUGCAUCCGGAGGCCACUGGACCUGAAGCCCAGUGCCCGGCUGUGUCCGCGGUGCUUCCAGAAGCUAUCCGAGUACGACACCAUCAUGGUCAACCUGAUGACCGCCCAGAAAAGGCUCGCAAGUCAGCUAAAGGGCGCUCUAAUGUCCGAAAUACUAGUGAAGGCGGUGGAAAUCCCCGCCGAGUCGGAGCUGUUCAAGGAUCAGUAUUCCGAUAUAGUCAUCAAAAGGGAGUACCUGACCGAGGAUGAGGAGGAGGAGGAGUUUAUCUGCGACUCCUCGCAGGUGGAGGUUGGCGACUCCGAGGACAAGUCGAUGAAGAAGCGGGUCAAGCAGCACUCCGAGCAGCCGAAUCACAUCUGCCCCAUCUGCGGCGUAAACCGGCGCGAUGAGGAGCACUUGGAACUGCACAUGAACCUGCACGAGGGCAAGACGGAGUUGCAGUGCCGCUACUGCUCCAAGAGCUUCUCGCGGCCGCCGAACACGCUGCGCCACAUGCGGAUGCACUGGGACAAGAAGAAGUAUCAGUGCGAGAAGUGCGGCAUGCGGUUCUCGCAGGACAAUCUGCUCUACAACCAUCGGCAGCGGCACGAGGCCGAGGAGAAUCCGAUCAUCUGCAGCAUCUGCAAUGUGUCCUUCAAGACGCGCAGGAUCUUCAACCAUCACACGAAAAUCCACAAGGAGAACCGGCCCAGGCACUAUUGUUCCGUGUGCCACAAGUCCUUUACCGAGCGCUUCAGCCUCAAGACGCACAUGAAGAACUACCACGAGUCUAAAUAA